AAAAUCCGUGGGAAAUUGUAAAUGUGGAAACAUUGUCGUUGACGCCUUGAAACGUUCUAAUCGUUAAAAGAGGACACUCUUUUCAAACAAAAAGACCCGUUCAUUCAGGAAAAUUUCCGUCUUGGCCGACCAAAUACAACUAUCCAUUCGUAUUCUGGGAUUUUUGUGUCAAUGAUAAACAACCAGAAUUUCAAGGUUAGGGGAUUUUAAGAUCGAGAGGAAUCGGAGAGAGGGGGCACAAUCGUUUCGUUCAAAAGAUAUUUCUACAUUUCUUGUUUUCCACAACUGUGUUGCCACCGGUGUCGCAACACAACUAACCAGGUAUUAUUACUGGGUAUUAUCCAGUGACACACGUGACCACUUCGGGUCAAAAGAACAAGUAAAGAGACAUUUAUAAAUGGCUUGCAAAACAAAGACGACAUCUGGUUAGCAACGAUAUAUAAAUUUCAUAAUUGGGAACAUCAUUAUGUGUAAUCGCUAAUCCAUCUGUUUUAAAAUACUACAACGUUCACUUACACUGCCAGACUGUGUAAACCGAGAGGAAAUCGUGUUAUAACUUAUAAACAUCAAAUUAUCUUGCAAUAAUAUAAACAGCAAGGAAAUUAUUUUGACUAUACAAGAUUGAUACUGGCUAUAAUUUGAAAUAUGAUGCAGGGAAAGACGGGUUUUGGUGAUUUUGGCGUUUGAUGCAUUGAAAGAAAGCUUUGUGUCAGUCAAGAAUUUUAUGUAUUUUUUGGGUUCCGCAAUUCAUCUGCCUUUUGUCUUUAACAUACAUAGCGGUAGUUCCUAUUCAGAUAUUUGAAAUUGGUACAAAUACGUACAUGCGUUUUGAAUUUACCAGUUAUAGUAACGUAAAACUGGUUGACACGUUGACAUUGCUGAUAUAUCUGAAGCCUUAUUAGGUGUAAAUGAAAGGAGACGAACGAUAGUCGUUUAUGGCUGCAACAUCAUUGUUCUACAAAUGUCUGCCAAAAGUAUCGAAACAUGGCCCGUUGAGCAUCCACACGUGACUAAGAUCAAAUCAAACGGAGACAAAAUUCCGCAGAAAAAUGGAAUGCCAAAAACAACUCAACAGGAUAUUUCAAGCCAUAGCCCUCCAAGACGGACCUUGACCAAAACCCAGAGUAGUACAUCACUUGUCUCUCCAAAGCAGGGAUCAAAUUCUCAAGAAAUGUAUGAAUUUUCAAGGCAAGGUAGUCGUACACCAAAUUUGUCUUCUAAAGGUCACUUGGUUCCCAAAGGCAACGGAUACAAUACCAUAGGACAUGAGCCAGGGUUUAGAAGGAGUUUGCCUCAUUUCUCAGCCCAACAACAAACACCUGUUCCUGUACCUGUACCCAUCUCUGCGGCUGAAUUGCAGACACAUUUUGCGGUAUACAAGUUUCUCCCCAGGCAUCAUGGCGAAUUGUCACUCAAUGUGGGAGAUGCUGUUUGUGUAAAAAAAAUUCACGAGGACUUGUGGUGCGAAGGACGCAAUCUGCACACUGGUGAAAGCGGAAUUUUUCCUAAUCGAUAUGUGUCAGAUGUUCUUUCACACACUGGAACUAAGUUUGAACUUUCAGAUAGUGGAGUACAGUUCUUUUUAAGAUUUUUGGGCUCUGUGCAAGUGCGUGAAUUCAAAGGAAAUACAGUACUAUGUCAAGCAAUUGCGAAUGUACUAAGGCUCAGGAAUAAUAGUAAACUAUCUGAAAUACCACCCUGCACUCUUGAGAUUGAUUAUCGGGGAAUACAAUUGAUUGAUCAUGCUCAGGAAAGCGAGAAACGGCAAACAAAGUCUUUAGUUGGACGAUUUUUUAACAAUGAACAAAAGGUUUCAAAUCCCAAGUUUUUUUUCAAAUUGAGAGAUGUGACAUUUUGUGGCUGUUAUCCAAAUUCACCAAGGUAUUUCGGUUUUGUGACCAAGCAUCCGAGUGAGCACCGUUUUGCUUGUCACACAUUUAUGUCAGAAUACUCAACUGAACCUGUUGCCAAAGCUAUUGGGCAAGCAUUCAAGCGACUUUCUGCAGAUCACGUGGAAAGAUCAUCAAGUAGAUAGGUAUACCCAAUUAUCAAAAAAGCUGCUUGGACACUUACUAGUUAAAAAAUAAACUUAUUGUGUUGUGGUUAGGUAAUUAUUGAAGUGAGGGUGUUAGUAAUAUUGCUUUCCAUCUUCACAAUUUAAUGUGGUUAGUAAGUUAGGUUUUAAUUGUGGAUGGACUUGCCAAUCAUUAAAAAAAUACAGUCAUUUUUGCAGCCAACCUUUGUGUUGAAUGAAAAUGCUGCUCUAAAGUGUUUAUUUAAAAUGUUUAAUUUAAAUAAGUAUGUGUGUAAUCUUAGUUGAAAUCCAGUUGAAUCAAAUUAAUUCGUCAUAUAUCAAAUUGCAUAUAUAUCUAAUAUA